UGUAGUCUGCGUUCCUGGGCAGGCGCUCCGCUCCGCGCCCGCUGCUCCUGCCUGCGGGGCCGGGCCGGGGUCAGCCCCGUGUUGCGGCGGGGCCGAGCCGCCUUCGGUAGGGUGCGUCUUGCGCGGCUCGCUGGCUCUUUCCGCGCCUCCCCUCAGGGCUCCCCGCUCCUCCCCGCCCAGGAGGCGGGAGCCCGCCGCGCAGGGGGAAGGCAGCGGGGCAGAGCGGCGGCGCUGCCCGGCGGAGCACCAUGCUGGAGUCCAUCCGUGUCACCGAAAAACUUCACUGGCGUAAGACAGAGCUUUCUAAGAAGUCAGUCCUGAGACCAGAAGAACAUAAGCUGAACAUUAAUAAUGAAACCAGCCUCCUGCACCCACCUUCAGGGAUCCUUAAGGACAUUUUCACAACGGGAACGAGUAGCUACAAUGUCCUUCUGCAGAGCAAAGAGGAGAAAAAACACCACACUCAGAAGCAAUCGUCUGUUCACCACAAGAAACACAGAAAGACUACAAAGUGUUCUACCGCCUCGCGAAGCAGUGAGCAUCGCCAAAUCAAAGUCCCGCUGCCCCUGCUCAGCCCCGGAUGGUACUGCUCAAACAGGCAGCCCUCCAUCAUCGUCACCAGCCCCAUGUCUACCAGCGUGAAGUUCACCAACAGCGUUUCGGUUGCAGGGAGCAGCAUAGGGCUGCCAUCUCGACCCAAAAGUAGAACUAAGAGGCAUUUGAAUCUAACAAAGCCAAAGCAAUCCCAGUCCUCAAAAAGCCGUGGAAAAGAAGGCGAUGCCUCUGGCCGAAAACUCUGUUUACUGACUGCGAUCAAGCCUUCCAACGUGGAGAAAGAGAAGAUGAAGUUCUUCAAGUCAGAUUUUACAUACAAUCCUCAAUUUGAAUAUGAAAACCCUGCUCUGCCAAACGUGUUAGCGAAGCACAGCCAUGCAUCCGACAGAUUCCUUAAGCAGUCCAUUAACAUUAUGGAGCGGACACUGCAGAAAUAUGGAAGCUAUGAGAAGUUUGAACAGGCCACUGGAGGCAGCUUGCUGACCAAAAGUCGCAUCUGGAAUCACGUCAGGAAAUACAUGGUGAAAGAAGGCUGUCUUGGUGAGAUUGUGGUCCAUCUCACGGAGGACCUGCUAUCUCGAGCCUCAAUGACAGUGGUGAAUGGCCGCCCCACUCUCACUAUCAAUAUCUCCACCGCGCGAGAGCACUGGCUGGAAGGGAUGCUGAGACAUGAAAUUGGAACUCAUUACUUUCGGGGUUUUAACAACAACAGCCAGCCUUGGUGCAACUGGAACGGACGUAGAAAACAUGGGCUAAAACCAAUCAACCCUACAGAAGAGGGGCUGGCGAGCAUCCACAGCGUCCUGUUCCGCAAAGACCCUCUCCUUUGGAGAGCUGCCCUGCUGUACUACACAGUGUAUCAGGCUAGCCAAAUGUCCUUCAGUCAGCUUUUCCAGGACUUGGGGAAAUUUGUCAAGGACCCCAAUACUAGGUGGGAUUACUGCGUACGAGCCAAGAGAGGGUGGACCGACACAUCACAACCAGGCUGUUUCAAUAAGGAUCAGGUGUACUUGGAUGGCAUCCUCCGAAUCCUGCGAUAUAGGGAGUCCAUUGAUUUCCACCUUCUGACAGCCCUUGGAAAGAUCUCAUAUGAAGAUGUGGACCGCCUGAAAGGAUUAGCUGUCAUUGAGAACAUGAGGGUACCACACUUCCUGCAAGACCAUGCCCGGUAUAUGGAGCACUUGGAAAAGAUCAUGCAAGUCAAUAAGCUGACUGAUGAGGAGCUCCAGGAUCUCAUAAAUUAACAGCAUUAGCCCACCGUUCACAUACUCUGUGAGGAUGUAGAACUGGACUUCCCAGAGCUUGCAAAAAUGGACUUGAGAGGUGGGGCGGGAAGGGUAUCCGGAAUAUGUGGAAUGGGGAAAAAGCCCCUUUAUGUUCCUCUUGCAUUGUGAUUGUAUCCUGAUCAUUUUUUAAAGGGUUUAUGCAUUUUUUUACAUUUGGCUUAGAAAUUCCUUUGCAGUGACCUGUCCAAUCAUCUGCUCUGUUUUAUACGCUUGGUAUAGUGCUUGACACUGUCUUUUGUAAUAUACUGCCUUUUCCCACCCAGGUUUAGAGGUGGAGGAAAGGAGAAAGAGGAGAAAUUCCCCCUUAGUUCACUUGUGUUUGCCCUGUCUUUGGUCAUAGUUUUCAUGGUUCAUAGCAACAGAACUUCUGUAGAUUAAUUCUUCGUCGCCAUCUGCAUAACUCUUUACCAUUUGGUCACCAUUGCAAUGAAAAAAGAGAGCUUAAAAAGACAGUGCACAGAAGCAGGUCUUUGUGCCAUAGGAUCAAAGCUUUGUAAUGCUAGAAAAGAUUUGUUUGGUUGGUUUUAAAUGGGAGACUUAGCAUUUGAAAAGAAAAACAUACUGCUAUUUUAAUCACAGAAUGAUUUGGGUUGAAGGGACCUUAAAGCUCACUCAGUUCCAACCCCCUGCCACGGGCAGGGACACCUUCCACUAGAGCAGGUUGCUCCAAGCCCCUGUGUCCAACCUGGCCUUGAGCACUGCCAGGGAUGCAUAUGACUGUAAGCAGGUAGCAAAGUUAUUCCCCUUCAUCCCUUCAAAAAUUUACACUGUUCCACAUCUUUAUCUGUAUAAUACAUGUUUCAGGAAGCUGAAUUCUGGGAAGAUUCUCCCUCUUUGAGGGCAAGCGUAGCCUGACUAGGAAGUUCAACGUGGCAGUGUUUUGGAAGAAGGAUCAGGCAGAACUGUGAUUUCAUGUCUUACAUGUUUUAAAUACAUUCAGGAACACAGGGACAAGACUCAGCACCUCAGGCAACACCCACUCCUCUGGGUCACCUGAGCCUACAGAUGGUGAAGUCAGCUUUUUGAGCAGUACCUCCAUAUUACAGCAAGCUUAAGCUUGUCAGGCUCGUUGAAGAAACAAGAUGUGAAUGGGGGAAAAGAAGACUCACAAGUGCCCUACUCCUGUGUGCCAACAGAAGUGCUGCACCACUCUGAAGCAACCUUACCUCUGUUUUAACUGCUGGUGCUAUAUCCAGAACCAAGAAGAGAAAGCACCUUAGUGUAAGGCACGGCCAGACCCAUGAUAAAUAGCUUAGAUGAUGCAGGAGGACUUGCUACAUAAACUACAUUUUCUGAUUCCAAAGUAUUAUGGUAUUACCAAGGGAAAUUGAGUUUUGCACCUAUAAGCAUUCUGGCAAAGGGCUUUGUUUUAGUAGACAGCAUUUUAUCAGAGCUCCUCUGAACCCCUGGGAAGCAGCUAUAGAAUCAUAGAAUCGUAAGGGUUGGAAAGGACUUUAAGAUCAUCUAGUUCCAACCCCCCUGCCAUGGGCAGGGACACCUUGCCCUAAACCACAUGGCUCAAGGCUCUGUCCAACCUGGCCUUGAACACCGCCAGGGAUGGAGCAUCCACAACCUCCCUGGGCAACCCAUUCCAGUGCUUCACCACCCUCACUGUAAAGAACUUCUUCCUUAUAUCUAGUCUAAACUUCCCCUGUUUAAGUUUGAACCCAUUACCCCUUGUCCUACCACUGCGGUCCCUAAGGAAGAGUCCCUCCCCAGCAUCCUUGUAGACCCAAGGUAGGGUCUACCAAGCUAUGGUAGGAGAGAUUGGACAGGAGCUAGUGAGAGCCUUGGACAAGGUGCCAUUGCUUCCCCUUCAGCCUUGGCACACUGGUAACAGGCCUGGCGUUGGAUAAGGCAAGUAGAUGAAGCCAAGUUUCCUCCCCACUGCAUCUGCAUGGACCUGAACCCUGGUAUCCCUCCCUCCCCAUGUAUCCUGUUCUUUAAUGAAACAGAUGGAAUAAGCCUCCCACCUUAUUUUACACUCAGGUUAUUACCAGCCAUGACAGUAAAGCCUUGAGAACAUGUUUUCUGAUCCAUAGGAAAACCUGAGGAAAAGCUCUCGGUUGGCUAAGAGGUCUGAAGGUUUUUGAAUAACCCUAUAAAAGCAGCUGCCUUUCUGGUAGCAUUGCAGGUGCUGUUGCAGCAGCUGGCUGGCUGCUUCAGAAAAGAAAAUGCACUCAACAAGCAUAAAUUUACUGAAUUUGGUUAUUUUCGAGGCAGGGACCAAGAACUGCUCACAGUAGCCUUAAUUUUGUAUCGUCAGUAUUGUUCAGGAGCUGGAAGCCUUCAGCCUCCCUAUGAAAUAAAAGCCCUUCUUCUCUCCUUCGCCCCUCCAGGCUGUCUAGUUGGAUCACUGGUGACUUCUGUUUCAGAGCUGUGCUGAGCAGACAUGGUAUUGCAGUGCUAUAGAGCCAUCUGCAGCCGUGCACCCAUGGGCUCCAGGUUUUGGCUCCUUUGCCAGGAGCAGCAGGAAAGCCACACACGGCUGAGGUCGAGUCAAAGAUUGCAGUCAAAAGAUGUCUCUAGAGCAAAUCGGGCAGAGAUCGUUCGAGCUACACCAUGGAAGAAUCUGGCUCACUUUGCUGACCCAGGGGUAUUCCAAAGGGACCAUUUUGAACUGUUCUUUUUCUUACAGAAACAAUCCCCAUCUUCCUCCAGUGACUUCUGCAUAAGCAAAGUGCUUUUCCCUCUUCCCCAGUAGUAAUGUAUUAUAAUCUAAGUGUAUGUACAUAAUGUGUCCUUGAAACCAGGAGGCUGUGCUAGUGACCCUGCUGUGCCACAGCAUACCAUGCCUACAGUCCUCCCUCCACCAGCCAGCUGACUCUCUUGCCACUCUGUAGCUCUGAAGACUACUACAGGCCUUUUUGCUUUACCCAAAAACCUGCAUCACAUUCCUUCAAAGCCGUAGGUGCCAUUAAACUUCUUUUCUUUGUUAUUCUAGGAUUAGAUUUGCCUUGUGCAAGGUUGGAGCCUGGAAUUGGUCAGUAUCAAAGUGAUACCGUAGCAAUAGAUGAAGCUGCCGGCUCGUUUUGGCAUCAGAUUUGUCCUUCCUCCUUUGCAGACGCAUUCUGAGUUUUGAAGUGUAGCUUUUGUAAGUUUUCCUGAACUUUCUUCUUGCCCUGGGAAGAGGCUGGUUACUCAGUCAUGAUACUGAAGCUAUGUAACAAAGCAUGUGGACAGCAGCGCACAUAAGCUCAUGUCACUACACUGUGAUGGUAUCAAUGAUGUACUGACAGCCUCUCCUAGCAGCCCGGCUCCGUUGCUUUGCUGUGUAUCCACGUUUCACUACUUCAGCGUUAUUCCUGUACAGAAACCUGGUCAACAUUGGAAAAGCCUCCCUGUUUCAUCAGGCUAAUUUUAAAAUACAUUUUAUACAACUUAUAAAUAAAGAUAAAUGAAAGAAUG